CCGCAAACGCUGUGUGUUGUGAAAUAACGCCCGCUUUGUUGCAUCGGCCGAGCGAACGAGCUUAGACGCUGCUGUUGCUGCUGUUGCUGCUGACGAUGAUGAUGAUGAUGAUGUGUUGGGCGCGUUGAGGCGGGGGAGAUCAAGAAAGAAACACUCACACACGGGCUUCGGGCGGGGGGAGAGGCUUUAGAUUGCAACAAAAGUGAAUGUGUUGAUAAAUAAUAGUGUGAUGAAAUCGAUUCCAAUGCUGAUGCAAAGUGGUUAAAUGCAUUGCAGGCGCGAAAGGACAUAAAGGGAAAGGGGCUCGUGUGUUCGGAGGGUUUUUCUCUUGAAGGUCGAAUGAGAGUUGCGGGCGACCUCAGCACCAGCUCUCCGAUGGAAUCUAGCUUCUUCGACCUUUUCGGUCCGUCCCCGCCGUCGGGCUCAUCCAGCUCGGGCAGCGACUCCGACCUUCGCAAUGGCAACAGCAACGACGACGACGGCGGAGGCGGCGGCAGCGGCAGUAACGAGCGGAUCGAUUCCAUCGGCCAGCUGCUGCAGCGUGGCCACCACCAUCACCGCGACGGCAGCAGCUACGAGCUGCUGCAGCAGAAAGGGUUCGACUUUAACCGUGGCUUUCUGCCGCCCGAACCGCAGGUCGGCAACAUUGAGUACAAACUGAAGCUAAUCAACCCGUCGAAGCAGCGGUUCGAGCACCUGGUCACGCAGAUGAAGUGGCGGUUGCGCGAGGGCAACGGCGAGGCGAUCUACGAGAUCGGCGUGUCCGAUUCGGGCUUCCUGCAGGGGCUGAACGACGCCGACAUGACCGUUUCGCUGCAGACGCUCAACCAGAUGGCCCGGAAGCUGGACGCGUCGACCAGCAUCCUGCGGCGGAAGAGCCUGGCCGACCAGCGGAGCGUGGUGGAGGUGCUGGUGCGCAAAAUACCCGACGACCAGCACAACAUCGAGGUGCGGGUGGCCGUGCUGGGCGGAGCCGACGCGGGCAAGUCCACCCUGCUCGGCGUGCUGACCCAGGGCGAGUUCGACAAUGGGCGCGGGCUGGCGCGGCUCAACAUGUUCCGCCACAUGCACGAAAUACAGACCGGCCGCACGUCCUGCAUAUCGCACGAAAUGCUCGGCUUCGAUGCGGAGGGCAGCGUGAUCAACUACAAGUACAACGAGAUGAUGACCGCCGAGGAGAUUAGCGACCGGUCGACCAAGCUCGUCACGUUCAUGGAUCUGGCGGGGCACCGGCGCUACCUGAAGACCACCGUGCAGGCCCUGUCCGGCUACUGUCCGCAGCACGCGCUGAUCGUGAUAGCGGCCGGCAACAUUAGCAACAUGACGCGCGAGCAUCUGGCGAUCAUACACGCGCUCGACAUCUCGUUCUCGAUCAUCGUGACGAAGAUCGAUCUCGCCCCGCCCGACCCGAUCCUGUUCGAGCUGAAGAAUCUGCUCACCUCGAUCGGCUACCGGAAGGUACCGUACUUAAUCAGCAACCAGGACGACGUGCUGAACGCAAACGCGCACCAGAGCGUGGAGCAGAUCGUGCCGAUCUUCUGCGUGUCGAACGUGACCGGCGCCGGGCUGGACCUGCUCAUCCAGUACCUGUACGUGCUGUCGCCGGGCAUCAGCAACGCGGAGAAGGAGCGGCUCGAGCAGCAACCGAUCGAGUUUCAGAUCGAUGAAAUCUUCCGAGUGGCUGAGGUGGGCACGGUGGCCGGCGGGCUGCUCUGCAAGGGCGUCCUCACCGAGAACAGCCAGGUGAAGGUGGGCCCGCUGCAGGACGGCUCGUUCUUUUCCGUCACCGUGCAGACGAUCCACCGGAACAAGGCGCCCUGUCGGGUGGUGCGGGCGGGUCAGAGCGCUUCGCUGUCGUUCAACGCGAUCGAGCCGAUGCCCGUGCUGCGCAGCGGCAUGGUCAUACUGCCGGACUACGAAAGCGAUGAGGUAGCCUGCGGGUGCUUCUUCUUUCAGGCACAAGUGUCCGUACUGUUCCAUGCGACGCGCAUCUUUAAAGGAUUUCAAACUACUGUGCACAUCGGUAGCAUCCGGCAGACGGCCAUCAUCGAGGGCAUCAUGGGGGCCGGCGACACCGGCAUCGGUACAAAUCAGUCCGCCUCGGUGCUGUUCCGGUUCGUGCGGCAUCCGGAGUACGUGCGGCCGGGCAUGCGGAUACUCCUGCGCGAGGGCACCAGCAAAGGCAUCGGCAAGGUGACGCAGGUAUUCCCGCUGGCGCAAACGCAACACAACCACACCACCACCACCACCACCACCGGCUAGGGCCGUUUGCAAGCAACGCCCGCGGCACAAGUAACGCGCAAGUGUUACACGCUUGACAUGAACUGUAUAAAACCCUGACGUAUGAAUUUAAUUGAAGUGUGACGAUUGAAUUGGAAAUAAAAUUUCUGUGAUUUAAAAACAAA